CAAGGAGGGAUAUCUCUUGGGUGGGAUUCUACAGGGACCAGAAUACGGACCUGUAUUCCAAAGGCACUGACUCGGUCAUUUCUCUUGUGGAGUGUGUGCUCUAAUAUUGGAUUACUAGGUUCAGACCCAAAUCCACCAUUUCUAGCCUUAGAACUGUGGAUAAGUUACUUAAACUCUCAAUGUCUCAGUUUCCUCAUCUGUGGAAUGAAGAUAAGAACAGUAUCUGAUUGAUGGGUCUUGAGGAUUAAAUAUGAUUCAUGCUGAAUCACUACAUUAGUAUAGUGUCUGGCACCUAGUAAACAAUAAAUUUUAUUUUUAUUAUUGUUAUUGUCUAUCUUACCACGCAGGAAGAGAUAAACCACCUUAACUUUAUUCUUCCUUCUUCAUUUUCUUCUUCCUUCUCUUUCCCCUAAAUCUUUUAAAUUUUUACCCAGAGUUCUUUACCCAGAUCAGAACACCUCUCCCAGAUUCCACCAAAGGGAUCUGUCUGGCAGAGGCUGUUUUCUCCUAGGGCAAGAGGUGGGGGGAGUCUGGAUAAGGCCAGGGUACUGUAAGGAAGAGGAGUAGGAGACUAGCAGGUGGUGGCCCUGAAGUUCAUUCCAAAACUGGGACGUUCAGAGAAGGAGCUGAGGAAUCUGCAACGAGAGAUUGAAAUCAUGCGGGGUCUGCGGCAUCCCAACAUUGUGCAUAUGCUUGACAGCUUUGAAACUGACAAAGAGGUGGUGGUGGUGACAGACUAUGCUGAGGGAGAGCUCUUUCAGAUCUUGGAAGAUGAUGGAAAACUUCCAGAAGACCAGGUUCAGGCCAUUGCUGCCCAGUUGGUGUCCGCUCUGUACUAUCUGCAUUCCCACCGCAUUCUCCACCGUGACAUGAAACCUCAGAACAUCCUCCUUGCCAAGGGUGGUGGCAUCAAGCUCUGUGACUUUGGAUUUGCCAGGGCAAUGAGCACCAACACGAUGGUGCUGACAUCCAUCAAAGGCACACCACUUUAUAUGUCUCCAGAGCUGGUGGAAGAGCGACCAUACGACCACACUGCAGACCUCUGGUCUGUGGGCUGCAUACUGUAUGAGCUGGCUGUGGGCACCCCUCCCUUCUACACUACCAGCAUCUUUCAGUUGGUCAGCCUCAUUCUCAAGGACCCUGUGCGCUGGCCGACCACCAUUAGUCCUUGCUUCAAGAACUUCCUGCAGGGACUGCUCACCAAGGACCCUAGGCAGCGUCUGUCCUGGCCAGAUCUCUUACAUCACCCCUUUAUAGCUGGUCGUGUCACCAUAGUGACUGAACCAGCAGGCCCAGAUUUGGGUACCCCAUUCACCAGUCGCCUACCCCCAGAACUUCAGGUCCUAAAGGACCAACAGGCACACCAGCUGGCCCCCAAGGGCAAUCGUUCUCGAAUCUUGCGACAAGCCUGUAAACGCAUGGCUGAGGAGGCCAAGCAGAAGAAACACCAGAACACAGGACCUGCCCUUGAGCAAGAGGACAGGACCAGCAAGAUGGCUUCUGGCACAGCCCCUCUGCCCAGACCAAGAGCCACUCCUCAGGAACCAGGCCUCUUGGCUGGGAUCUUGGCCUCAGAAAUGAAGAACAGCUGGGCUGAGUGGGGGGCUGGAGAGGCCCCCCCUGUACCUCGGGAAAACCAGAUCAGCCAGGAUUCUGAACCAGCUCUCUUAGAGCUGAGGCCAGAGGUGGUGAGCCAGCGGAGCAUUGAUGCAGUGGACCUAGAAAAUGAGGAGCCCGACAGCGAUGAUGAGUGGCAGCACCUGCUAGAGACUGCUGACCCUGUGCCUGUCCAGCUGAAAGCCCCCCUCACUCUGCUGUGCAAUCCUGACUUCUGCCAGCGCAUCCAGGGUCAGCUGCGCGAGGCAGGAGGGCAGAUCCUGAAAGGCAUGCUGGAGGGUGCUUCCCACAUCCUUCCUGCACUCCGAGUCUUGAGCAGUCUUCUGUCCAGCUGCAGCGACUCUGUUCUCUUGUACUCCUUCUGUCGUGAGGCAGGGCUCCCCGGGCUGCUGCUCAGCCUGCUCAGACACAGCCGGGACAGCAACAGUAUCCAGCAGCAAUGUUGGUAUGGGACCUUCUUACGGCACCUGAUGGCUGUGAUUCAGGCCUAUUUUGCCUGCACCUUCAAUCUGGAGAGGAGCCAGACAGGUGACAGCCUACAGGUGUUUCAGGAGGCCGCCAACCUCUUUUUGGACCUGUUGGGGAAACUGCUGGCCCAACCAGAUGACUCUGAGCAGACUCUAAGGAGGGAUAGCCUUAUGUGCUUUACUGUUCUGUGUGAAGCUAUGGAUGGGAACAGCCGGACCAUCUCCAAAGCCUUUUACUCCAGCCUGCUGACUACCCAGCGGGCUGUGCUGGAUGGGCUCCUUCAUGGCCUGACAGUUCCCCAGCUCCCUUUCCACAUACCCCCAGGAGCCCCCCAAGUGAGCCAGCCACUAUGGGAGCAGAGUGAGGACCUGCCUGGAGCCAUGUCCUCUGCACUGGCAGCCAUAUGCACUGCUCCUGUGGGGCUGCCCAGCUGCUGGGAAGCCAAGGAGCAGAUCUCUCAGCAUUUGGCGAAUCAGCUCACCGAGGACAACAACCAACUGAGACCGUCCCUUAUCUCUGGCUUGCGGCAUCCCAUCCUGUGCCUACACCUUCUCAAGGUUCUCUACUCAUGCUGCCAUGUCAGUGAGUGCCUGUGCCAUCUGCUAGGGCAAGAGCCCCUGGCCUUGGAGUCACUGUUGAUGCUGGUCCAGGGCAAGGUAAAGGUAGUAGAUUGGGAAGAGUCUACUGAGGUGGCACUCUACCUCCUCUCCCUUCUUGUCCUUCGGCUGCAAGAUCUGCCUUCUGGAAUGGGGAAGCUAGGCAAUGAGAUUGCUACUCUCUUUACCCAUUCACACGUUGUCUCUCUCGUGAGUGCAGCAGCCUGCCUGUUGGGUCAACUUGGUCAGCAAGGGGUGACCUUUGACCUCCAGCCUGUGGAGUGGAUUGCCGCAGCCUCACAUGCUCUGUCUGCCCCUGCAGAGGUCCGGCUGACUCCACCAGGUGGCUGUGGAUUCUAUGACGGCCUCCUCAUCCUGCUGCUGCAGCUUCUUACCCAGCCAGGGAAGGGUAGCCCGAUAAGGGACGUGGCUAACUCAGAAAUGUGGACCAUUCUAUGGCACCGCUUCUCCAUGGCUCUAAGGCUCCCCGAGGAGGUGUCUCCACAGGAAUCACAGCCAUCACAAAGCCCAGAGCCAGACUGGACGCUGAUCUCACCCCAAGGCAUGGCAGCCCUGCUGAGCCUGGCCAUGGCCACCUUCACCCAGGAGCCCCAGUUAUGCCUGAGCCACCUGUCUCAACGUGGAAGUAUCCUCAUGACCACCCUGAAGCACCUGCUUUCCCCCAGCUUCCUGCGUCAGCUGGGCCGGGCGCCUCACGGGUCUGGGUUUCUGCCUGUCGUGGUGCUCUCUGUCUGCCAGCUCCUCUGCUUCCCCUUCGCCCUGGAUGUGGAUGCCGACCUCCUUGGAGGUGUGUUAGCUGACUUAGUGGACUCAGAAGUCACAGCCCGCCUGCUGCAGGUCUGCUGCCACCAUCUUCCGUUGACGCAAGUUGAGUUGCCUGUCAGCCUCCUCACACACCUGGCCCUCGCGGAUUCCACCUCUCUCAACCAGUUUGUGAACACAGUGGCUGCCUCCCCUAGAACCAUCAUCUCCUUCCUCUCAGUUGCCCUCUUGGGUGACCAGCCGCUGCUGACCUCUGACAUUCUCUCCUUGCUGGCCCACACAGCCCGAGUACUGUCCCCCAGCCACUUGUCCUUCAUCCAAGAACUCCUGGCUGGCUCUGAUGAAACCUAUCGGCCUCUGCGCAGCCUCCUGGGCCACCCAGAGAAUUCUGUGCGGGCCCGCACUUACGGGCUCCUGGGCCACCUGCUGCAAUACAGCAUGGCUGUGCGUGGGGCACUGCAGAGCCAGGCUGGGCUGCUCAACCUUCUGCUGCUGGGGCUUAGAGACAAGGACCCUGCCGUGCGGCGCGGUGCCAGCUUUGCCGUGGGCAACGCAGCCUACCAAGCUGGUCCCCUGGGACCUGCCUUGGCAGCCGCGAUACCCAGUGUGACCCAGCUACUUGGAGAUCCUCAGGCUGGUAUCCGGCGCAAUGCCGCGUCAGCUCUGGGCAACUUGGGCCCUGAGGGGUUGGGGGAGGAGCUGUUACAGUGCCAAGUGCCCCAACGGCUCCUAGAGAUGGCCUGUGGAGACCCCCAGCUAAACGUGAAGGAGGCUGCCCUCAUUGCCCUCCGGAGCCUCCGACAGGAACCCUGCAUCCAUCAGGUGCUGGUGUCCCUGGGGGCCAGUGAGCGAUUAGCCAUGCUCUCUCUGGGGAAUCAGCUACUGCCGCAUAGCAGCCCCAGGCCUGCCUCUGCCAAACACUGCAGGAAACUCAUUCACCUCCUGAGGCCAACCCACAGCACGUGAUCUCAGAUUCCUACGGUCCAUCCACCCACGGUCCAUCCACCCACUUUCGUUACCCCUCUAUUGCCAACCUUUUUCUACUAUUCAAGCCACCAACUCAACCAAGAACUAAAAAGAGACUAAAAAAAGAGAUAAGCUACAAGUCAAAUGAUUUAAGAACGAGAAACUAGAAGAGAUUUAUGUAUAAAGCUCCCUCCUUUCCCCAGAUUCAGGAUGAUUUCAAUCAGUAAACUUCAUUGCUGUUGGUGCCAGAGAAGAUUCCUUCCUUUUGUACAUGCAGGGGUCUUUCUCCAAUAAUGUGCCUUUAACCCCAGGGGCAUACCUCCCAGACCUCAGGGAGGUACCUUCUACCUGAGAGGCCGCUUCCUUUCUAGAGCUUGUAUAAUCCUCCCAACAGGUUCUUGCUUUUGUGCACUGGCCCUAGGACAGUGACGAAGACUGAGCCCAUCUCAGCUCUAGGCUAUGGGGAUAAAUGCUGCUGUGGAUGGUUUCCUGACCCAUAGCCCACAUUCCCAUCCAUGGGUUAUGUAGAGAGUCUUUUCUUUUUUCUUUUUCCUUUCCCCUCUCUCCCCUCCCCUUUCCUCUCCUUUCCUUUAUUUCUUUAACUUUCUCCUUUCUUUCUUUCUUUCUUUCUUUCUUUCUUUCUUUCUUUCUUUUUUUUCCUUUCUUUCUUUUCCUUCCUUCCUUCCUUCCUUCCUUCCUUCCUUCCUUCCUUCCUCCCAUCCACCCAUCUUUUCUAUGUAAACUCCUGUAGUAAAAGGUAUACCUCACCUUACUUGGAGAUGCCAGGGUAAGAGCUUGGGUGGGGGGUCAGCUCCUCUCUUGGCUGCUGGUUGGUGCUGCAGCUCUUGUGUCCCGUUCACACAAGACCAUGGUUUGGGACCUUAUUUAUUUAUAUCUGUUCCUGCCUUCCAGCUUCCUGCAUUUCAGCUGAGCUACAUGUGGUCACCUACUUCCAAGCCAAGACCAGUGGAGCUGAAAUAGGAGAGAUAGGAUUAAACAGAGCCGUACAUUGGAUUGCUUUGUGAUCUCAGGCUUAGUGAUGAGUUUUGAUGUUUGAUGGAGUUUCAAUGUAUAGGGAAGCCCAAUUGCUUGAGAAGGGCAGCCGUUUAGGACAUCGUGUAUUUCACCAGAAAGAGAUGUUUGGCAGACCCAUUAGAGUUGAGAUCCAGCUGGAAACAUACUACAAAGUUUCAACCCUGACUCACCGGAUGGCUUGCGACAAGCUUCCCAGAGCCUUCCUUGGUUUCUCUAUCCAUAAAAUGGGGGUAUUACUUUUUGUCCUUCCUUAAAUUCCAAUUGUUUUUGAA